AUGAAAUUCAAACUUCAUAUAAAACGGUUCUUAAAAUGCUCCUUCUGUGCCAUGAAAUGGUCCAACUUCUCUAAUAUAAACACUGAUCUAACUGAAGGUCAUUUGCGGUAAUACAGUUUAGCGUGCUGUCGCGGUAGUUUACUGUGAAUGCUGUCGUUAGUGGCACAAGAAUUUGGUGUUGUAUGCAAUAAAGUUGUGCAUUCACUUUCCGAUGCACCAGUUACCUGUGACGUUAAAUAUGAGUACAAAAGUUCCUCCAAAAACGUUGAAAAUUUAAGUAGAUGUGACGAUUUUGAAGGGGACCCUCUACAAAUUGAGAAAAUAGCAAAUUUAUCGGUUGAAUCAAGUUUCAGUGAUUCACAAAAAGAAGCUAUAAAACCGCGCUCAAGAUUUUUCGACUUGAGCGGACUCAGACCCUUGGAAAAAAGACCGGUUGAGGGUUAUGUAGAUAAUGUGCUUUAUUUUGUACGUGAAAAAGGUGAACAAUUUAUUGGGCUGUUUCCAAAAACUAAAACAUCAAAGAGAAUUCUACGCAUAAGUUCAGAGUUUGAUGUUGAUGUAAAUCGCUCAAUCAAAGAAUUAUCUCAAGAAUCGAUGCUUUCGUUUCCUGAGUUUGCUAUCACUUUUGAAUGUAUGUACAGACUUUCUCAUGGGGUAUUUAAAGCUCGAUAUGAAACUUGUGAAGACAAGGUCCUUAGUCCCCCUCCAUCUUUUGUAUCUGGAGAACUGACUGUGAAUAUCACACCGUACAAGUCUAAUGAACUUGUCUCAAGUAUUUUGGAUGAAAUAGAAAUUUUAAAAGAUUUAUAUCGAGCUUACGAGAACGAUUCAUCAGUUUGGCUGCCAAAUUCUGUUGAUAAUAGCGAGCAAGUCAAGGCUGAGUUUCCGAAUACCUUCAAAUCAGUUAAACUAAAUAAAGUUGACCGAUCGGCUGGAAGAGUUUGCGGUGUUAGUUUCAAUCUGCUGCUUUCUGGACGAAAUUUGGAUUCAUCUGAAGCUCUUUGGAAUGCAGUCAAAGGAUCUCCUAACAAACUUGUCUUCAGGACGUGUGUUGAAAGUGCUUUUGAGUACUUAGAGGACAAAAGUGAGCUGAUUUAUCUUGCUAGCCACAACCAAACUCAACUCGCCUGGAGACUUCGUCAUCUACACGAUUCCACGGAAUCAUGCGGUCAAAAUCUCUAUGGACUUUUCAAUUUUGGUAUCGAAACCCUUAUAGAAAUUGGUCUUCAUAAAGUAACGAACGAUUGCGUCUACCUUCUCGAAAGUUUGGUUCCAGAAUCAUCUUCAUUUUUCGAACUCGAUAAACAAAGUGGAUGGAGUUUAGACAGUCGAUGGGAUGUACUGCACAAUCUAUAUAAGUCCGUAUCAUUUUCGGUGUGUCUUGCAUCCAUGGUAUCAAAAUCAUCUUUGGCUUCUGAAUUAAGAAAAAUUAUCGCUCAAAAAUCGCAAAAAAAUGAAUGGAAAUCAGCACUGUACGAGCCUGAUAAUAAACUAUUUUGUAUUACUCAUAGUUUCUCUCUUCGAGUCUCCGAGUUAGUUGUCCCAUUAUCCGAACUACCUCCAGAUCUUUGGAUUAUGCGCGUAGAUGCUAAGAAGCCUGUUCCAACAUCAAUACGUAUUGUUUAUGAAUCGGUUACUAAAGAUGGACUAGGACAGUAUGCAUGUCAUAAAUUACGAAUGAUCGACAGUUACUGGCCAAAUAUGUCAUAAUUAUGUGUGUAUUCAUCACAAAUCAGAUCGUUUUGGAUAAACUAUAUAUUCUGUGACAAAUAAUAUGAUUUGUUUGUGUUAUUUACUUGAAGAUAUUUUACCCUGUUUAGCCUUCCAGUAU